UUAACCGUUUCCCGGUAGGCAAUGCGAGAGAACAUGGUUGCAGAGGAGUGACGUGAGAGUCGUUUUGUGUGGGAUGUGAUUUUCUGUGAGAAAUACAUUCGGCAAAAACACACAGUUCUUCACUUAAUUACUGUUACCGACGGCCAGAGGUGUGAUGGGAUUAAUGGUGGUGUAACUUUGUAGUUGGAGCGAUUGUUACGUGGCGUUUUCUCUGAAACGGCGCUCAGCGUCGCGGUAAAGCAGGGUCGUUCUUGCUGAGGAAGAAGGAUGGCCACUCUGGCAGCUAAACGCGAGGGACCGCAGUUCAUCAGCGAGGUGGCCGUGAGGGGCAACGCGGCGGUGCUGGAGUACUGCCGGACCUCGGUGUCCGCUCUGUCCGGGGCCACCGCGGGUAUCCUCGGUCUCACUGGCUUGUACGGUUUCAUCUUCUAUUUCCUGGCUUCCUUCCUCUUGUCGGUGCUCCUCAUCCUCAAAGCUGGUCGCCGGUGGAACAAAUGCUUCAAGUCGCGACGGCUGCUGUUUACCGGGGGCCUCGUCGGGGGCCUCUUCACCUACGUUUUGUUCUGGACUUUCCUCUACGGCAUGGUGCAUGUGUACUGAGAAAGGAAAGGACUCUGCAGUCCACGGGCUUUCGGGGUCGAGCAGCCACGUUGUAGUGCAGUGGUCUCCAAACCUGCCCAGCACAUUUUAGUGUUUUCCUUGAUCUUAUCAUACCUGAUCCAAAUAAUCUGCACAUUAACAAGCCUUGCCUGAGUAAAAGGGUGUGUUUGAGCAAGAAAACACAAAAAUAGGCAGGACAAGGCUGCAUUCAGAACCACAUACGACAGGGGUUCCCUAUCCCAGUCCUGGGGACCCCACACUAUGCACAUUUGUGAUUUCCCCUGUCUAGCACACCUGAUUCAGCUUUUUAAUGAAAUGGUAAUAGUUCCUUUUGUGAUGGGUUUAGGUGUGUUCCUAGGACUGACUUUGGGAACCCUUGGCGUACUAUUACGUCUGGAUAGUACAUCACCAUUAGUAUAAUGCAUAUAGUAGUAUGUUGUUUUGGUUGAAGACGAGGAUCAGGGCCGGAAAACUAGUAUAGCUUUAAUGAAAUAGAGAUUUGCAAGUGCGUAGAUUGGGACAGUGCUAAAUGUAAGAAUGUGUUGGCUACUAAAUGUAUAGGCAUUUAAUCUAAAGUUUUUUUUUUUCCCUGUUGAUAUCCAGAGUGUAGUCAAAUCUACACUUCUCUGUUGGUAUCUAAUUGCACUGAACUUUUCUGAAAUGCUGCCCAAUCCUGAACUGCCUCAGUACAUGGGCUUGGAGGCCAGGGGUGAAGCUCACAGCCCUGAACCAUGUCCUUUCCCCUUUGGAAACUGUGAGAGCUGUGUAGGUCAGUUUGGAGUUUAGCAUACUGGUUGAGGGAACUAACAAACUUUGAGUUUUGUGAGCGACUAUCUGUCAUGUUCUCAUUCCACUGAGGGGAAAUAUACAAACCAUGCACCAUGUAAGACCUGAAUUAUGUAACUACAGAUAAUGUGUUCAAGUAUUUCUUCUACAAUAAAUUAAUCCCUCAACACAA